UUUUUGGUACUCAAAGAUACGAUAUAUGAAAAGUUAUCGUAUUACUAGAUAUUAUUGUAUGAUAUUAAUUAAUAAACUUAACGAACUUAAUAAACGUACUCGGAACUGCGAAGCGUUAAGCUAUAUAACAAGAAAAUUAGAAAUAAACAAUUCUAUAAGUGCUCAUUAGCCUAAAAUGAAAAGAAAGAGAGAGAUCACGAAUAAACAACAUAAUCGAAAAUUAACCUCUGAUGAAAAUAUAUUAAACAAUCGUAAGGAAAGUGUAGCAAAACUUGCGAGUUUUGUAAAUACUUCUGCAAAGAAAGAUGUCACAAAUGAACCAGUACAUAAAAUGAGUAGACAAGGUAUUAGAAGAUCUCUGCGAAACAGUACAAUUAUUAUAAACGACAGUGAAAAUGAGUCAAGUGAUAAAGAAGCAACAAACAAUUCGGUUAUUGAAUGUAGCCCACACAUAAGUAGACCACCUUUACAACAAUCAUCUUCGCUCAAACAAAAAAGACAAUUGAAUACUUUAAAGCCAAGAACGAGGUCAAGUGUGAUAUUACUAGAUAAUGAUUCAUCCUCUGCUUCUUCAGAUAUACAAACUUCUUUAGAAAAAAGAAAUAUAAAUGGAGAGAAUAUAGCACCAUCACAAAUAGAAGAUGAUGUUGUGGAAUUGUGGUCAUGCCUGGAUAAGUCAACCAAGAAAAAUAAAAUAUAUAAAACAUGUAAAAAUAACUUAAAAAUAGAGGACACCUUUAUAAUUGAUAGGAAACCAGACUUGACGAAUCUUGAAGAUUUAGAAAUAAACACAACUCCUGAAUUGGUGCAUAAAAAACGAAAAAUACAGAUAAAAGAUCAGUCCACUAAAUAUACCAAUAAAUAUAACAAUAAGAAAAGUAAAAAGAAAAAGAAGUCAAAUGGGAAGCAUAAAGAAGCAUUGAGAGAAAUAGUCAUCGAUGGAUGUAAUGUAGCAAUGGCUCAUACGAAUGGUCGCGAGUUUUCGGAAAAGGGCAUAAAGUUAAUGGUGGAUUAUUUUGAAUCAAGAGGCCACAUUGUAAAAGUUUUUUUACCACAACACGUUCGACGGAGAAGGUAUCAGCUUCUUGAAGAAAUGUAUACAGAUGGCAUAGUUGUUUUUACACCGAGUCGAAAUAUCGAAGGCAAACGAAUAACGCCCUAUGAUGAUAGAUUCAUCCUGGAAUAUGCAACUAAAUGUGGAGGAAUAGUUAUUUCUUCUGAUCAGUAUAGAGAUCUGUAUAGAGAAAAACCUGAAUGGCGUGAUACAAUCCUGAAUCGUUUGCUAACGCCGACAUUUGUCGGUGAUAUCAUUAUGUUCCCAGAGGAUCCAAUGGGUAGAGGUGGACCUAAUCUCCAUACAUUCUUAAGACACUAAUUAACUUUUGUUAUAGCAUAUAUUUGGAUAUUUCUUUUUUUUCUCCGUUUUUAUGCCUCCUUCGUAUAUACCUCGAGUAAAGGAACAAGGGAAAAAUUAAUACUUUUCUUUCUUCUAAGAUUUAUGCGAUAGUAUUUUUCGAAAUAUAUAUACAAUUGAGAAAUUUGUGUAUUAUUGGAAGAAGAAAGAACUUCAAUCUAUAAAAAUUUUCAGGUUUGUAAACAUUUUCAAAAUCGUUUAUAUUCAAUUGUAAAUAUCAUUCUUUAAUUACGAAAAUACUAGUUGCUGCAUUUAUUU